GAUGAACCACGAUUGGCUAGUGUUUCCACUAAAUGAGGAGGUAAAAUGUCAACAAACUCCACGCAAUGCUGAAGCAGCCAGUAGCAUUUAUUAUUACGUGUCAAGCACCACAGUUUAGGUAUUGUGUUUUGUGAUAGCUAUAGAUCAUCUCGGAACCAUAUGUUGCAUUCACAACCUCUGCAGUGAGAAAGGAAGUUCUACCGUUUGUCUCUAGGCUGCCUAGCCUGUGUUCCUACAGAGAUUGGAGCAAACGUAGCAGACAAGCAGAGGCAGAGGAAAAUGAUUUGUAGGUGUAUAGUCGUUGGAUGUAUUUAUCUCCAAAGAAUUCCAUGCCAUGGAGUUUGUUGAGUUCAUUAAGACCCCAAAAGUAGACAAUGUGGUGUUACACAAACCGUACCAACCACGCGUCGAGGGAACACUAUGCUUAACAGGCCACCACCUCAUCCUCUCAUCAAGAAAAACAAACACAGAGGAACUCUGGCUUCUUCAUAGUAAUAUUGAUGCUAUUGAAAAGAAGUUAAUUGGGUCAAUGGGUCAAUUGACCAUUAAGUGCAAGAACUUCAAAGUGAUUCAACUGGACAUUCCAAAUGUUGAUGAUUGUCUCAAUGUGGUCAGUUCCAUUGAGUCACUCUCUAACAUUGAAACUGUAAGUAUGAUGUAUCCAUUCUUCUAUCGUCCGAUGAGUACAGAAAAAACAGAGGAUGGCUGGGAGGCAUAUAUACCAGAGGUGGAAUUCAACAAGAUCGAUAAAGACGUUUGGCGUCUCAGCACUGUUAACAAAUCAUAUCAGGUAUGCAAAUCUUAUCCUCAUGCUGUUAUUGUCCCGAAGAACAUCACAGACGAGAUGUUAAAACUUUCUGCUGCUUUCAGAUCUGGAGGGCGCUUUCCUGUUUUAAGUUACUACCAUAAAAGCAACAAGACGAGCUUAAUGCGAUCAAGUCAGCCAUUGACAGGUCAAAGCGAUAAGCGAUGUAAAGAUGACGAGAAACUUCUUAAUGCAUGUCUGGAUACAAAUCACCGUGGCUAUAUCAUUGAUACACGCUCAUCGAACGCAGCGUUAGCAGCAAGAACAAAGGGUGGAGGUUUUGAAUCUGAAUCAAAUUAUUCACAGUGGAGAAGAAUCAACAAAGCUCUUGAAAAGGUUACAAAUCUACAGGAAAGUUUGUCCAAGUUAAUCGAAGCAUGUCGAGAUAGAGGCUGUUCAAUGGAUAAAUGGUUGACUAGGCUCGACUCAAGUAACUGGUUAGACCAUGUGAAGGAAGUACUUACAACAGCCUGCCUCACAGCACAAUGUAUUGAUAGAGAAGGUGCUUGUGUGUUGGUGCAUGGGUCAGAAGGUGUAGAUUCUACUCUACAGGUGACAUCAUUAGCUCAAGUGAUUCUAGACCCAGAUUGCAGAACUAUGCGAGGGUUCCAGGCACUGAUAGAAAGAGAAUGGAUUCAAAGUGGGCAUCCAUUCACUAGACGUUGUUACAAGUCAGCUUUCAACCCGGGAAAGUUCAAGUUUGUUGGACCUGUUUUUCUUCUCUUCCUGGACUGUGUCCAUCAGAUCCAUGAACAGUUUCCAUGUUCUUUUGAAUUUAGUGAGAAAUUCUUGAUAUUUUUAUUUGAACAGGCUUAUGCAUCUCAGUAUGGAACAUUCAUGUGCAAUAAUGAUGCAGAACGAAAGAAACUACAUCUAUCAUUUAAAACAAUGUCAUUAUGGUCAUAUGUAAACAGACCAAAUGUUUUGGAGACAUUCCUGAAUCCACUGUACCAGCCUAAUAAUGUGGUAUUAUGGCCAAGUGUUGCUCCUCAGAGCUUGACCUUAUGGUCAGGUUUGUUUCAGCGAUGGGAAUUUGACCCUCGACCUUUUGAUGAUGCCCUCAAUGAGAUAGCAGCAAUUAAGGAACAGGAUAAGAAUAUGAAAUUACAUGUUCAGAGGUUACGAAGGGAGCUAGCAGAGUUACAAAAGGAGGCUUUACAAAAAGGACUCAUCAGCGAAUAAGAAAUGUCAGGCACUUUUGAAUUGAAACAAAUUGAUUGUUUGGGAAAUUGAAUUCAAGUACAGUACUGUGAUUGGUUAAAAAAUAUCAAGUCUGCAGUAAACAAAUCCAGAAUGAUGAUGUGGUUUUAACUGGCUGGAUUUUAUGCAAUCACUUGCUAAAAUUCACAAAUAUUCAUCCCGAAAAGAAUGAAUGUUCCAGAUAGUAACAAGACUUUCUCUCAUGACUAAAUCAACUCCACUCCCUAAGACUUGUAACGAGACUUUGUCUUAUGUAAAGCAUUUUGUGUGUAUGUUUGUCUUGUGAUGGCAUUGCCACUUUGAAGAGUCAUUAUUCCUGAUGAUGACAUAAUUAAUGUCGAAAUAUUGAAUCCCAGCACGAUGGCAUGUAUUUCAAUACUUGGAGUAUGUAUUAUACUUUCUUAUCUGAGAUUAAUCAGUGGACCUUUCGGUUUAAGAGUUAUUAAGUUCACAGUUUGGCAUAUCCUUGACCCUU